UUGGUCAACUGCUCAGUAGUCACAAGCAAGCCUGACUCGGAUCAGAGUGUUACAUUAGAAUAUCACACUGGUGUACCUGGUUGGAUAAUAAUGUCGUCUUCGAAUGAAACUAAAGCCUGUGGAAUUUCCCCUUGCAUUCAGAUGGGAGAGGACAUAAUUCAAAUCCCUGCUCCAGUGAGAGUGGACCAAUGAGAAGCGAGUGGGGUCAGCAUGGAGACACACCUCCUCCUUUCGGCCUGUGUGUGGACAUUUAAAGGGAUACUGUGCACCUGCAGGUUUUUGUGGAUAUGUCCGUACAACGCAAUACAAUUCCUACCGAGGAAGAAGAGCAGUCUAGCCGACAACAGAAGACUACCGAAACCACACACAGGGUAUGAGCUGAGGGUGAGUGCAGGGAUACCUGGCAGCCCAGAGCACACCAGCGCCCUCCAGAGGAGGCUGGCCAAGGCAGAGAGGGACAUCCUGUCACUCAAGACACGCAUCUGCUGCGACCGGGCCUCAUGGGAAAUUAGGUUCAACGACUUGCAGAGAAAGCAGGAAGAGCUACUCGUGCAGCUGAGGUCAGAGGUCAGACUGGCUGAUGGAGAAGACCCCAAAGCGCCAGUGGACUGUAACACCAACACCACAGUAUCAGAGUCUGAGGAACACUCAAGCACCCAAACCAAUCACUUGGAGGUCAUGGGGAGUUUGACCCCCUGCCCCAGCAGCCUAUGGGAUGAUCACUCUUCCUGCACAGCCUCUUCCAGCUCCAGAACAGAAUCGGUCAUGUCUUCAAACAUCAGCGUAGUUUCACGGAGAAGCUUGCGGGCGGGUCGUCGAUGCUUUGCACCGCAUUCCCCGAUGGACCUGCAGCCGGGCCACCGCGUCAGAGUCAUGCUUCCCUCCGGUCGGAUCAGCACCGGCACCGUCCGCUACCUGGGCGGCCUGCAGGGCGAGGCGGAGCUCUGCCUGGGGGUGGAGCUGGCCAGCCCCGAUCGGGCUUCACGACAAGACGGCAGCCAUCGGGGCCAGAGCUACUUCCAAUGCGACCCAGGCUACGGUGCCUUUGUGCCGUUCAGCAAACUCCUGAUGGCCUGGGAGUAGAAUUGCCACAUGGAGGAGUAGACUGUACCUGAUCUGGCUGUCUCUGGACCUGAUAUCCUCGGGAUGGUUUCAGCGAGACUGUAAUGGUUUGAUCUGCUAUGGACUUGUUUGAUCGUGUUGGUGCCAGUUUGAUCUAGUUGUUACUGGGUUGAG